AAGUAUUAAAGUUGUAUGUACUAUUAUGAAGUUUGCCCUAAAUAUCUGUUAAUGUAUGAUCUAGUCAAAAUACUAUUUACCAUGUGCUAAUACAGUAUUUGGCAUUAAAUUGACAAGUGUUGCAGCUUUAUUAUCAUUACAUUUUUUAAAAUGAAGUCCAUCAAUAGCAUGAGACUUAAGUUACUACUAGUUGUAUUUGUGAUCCUAUUGUUCUGGCAGAGCUCCAAGCUCUGGUCACUGUAUGGGGUACAACCAGAAGAAGUAAGAGAGUUGAUUGAGAAGCAUAGUGUUAACCAGCAAAUAUUAGUGAACGUUUACUACGAGGCGCUGUGCCCAGACUCAAGAAAUUUCAUCCUAAAACAACUAGUACCAACAUUCAACAGUAUUGAGGAUUACAUCGAAUUGCAAUUGAUUCCAUAUGGAAAGGCCAAGACGAGAAUUAUUGAAAAUGACUUUGAAUUUGAGUGUCAGCAUGGACCAGUUGAGUGUGAAGCUAAUAUAUACCAUGCAUGUACUGUCAACAAGAUCAGUGAUUCCAGAAAACAGCUGAAACUAAUAGCUUGUAUGAUUAAGGACAAUACGCAUCCCUCGCAAGAUUUUGUUAGUUGUGGUAGUACAUUACCCGAGUAUGAGAGUAUAAAAAGCUGUGCCCAGUCUACCGAGGGCAGAAGACUUUUGUCUAAAUUUGGUCAAGUCACAGAUGAACUGGAACCGAAAGUCAGUUUUAUUCCAACCAUUACUUUUGAUAAUGAAAAAAAUAACGAAAGUAAUCUAAUACCAGCUCUGAAAAACUUGAAGCAUGAGAUAUGUAAGCGUUUAAAAGACAAGCCCAGGGAAUGUAGGAGAUAAAAGAUGCUUCCAUUAUGUUGUUCUGAAGCUGUAAACAUAAAACUAUCCAUAAAAGGUCCAGAAUGUAACAAAGAAUCGCUAUAUUAAUUAAAAACAAAUUGAUGAGUAUUAAAUAAUUUAUACCGUUAGGUGCAUCGAUGUACAGCUGUAAAAAAAUUUUUUCGCCUAGAAUACAAAGGUACAAAAUUUGUUGCUCUCUGGAAAUAAUGUACAUUUUUCCAUUUAUGGACUGUCAAAGUUCUCGUUAUAAUUUUGAUAUCUUUUUUUUAUUUGCUACUGGUUAUUACGUAAAUUAUUAAAAGAAAAAAAUCCUAAUAUUGAUAAAUAUUCGUAAAAUAUACAAUAAAAUAACUCAAAUAUAAAACAAAAAAAUUGCUGGGAUGCGUGUGGUGUGUCUUCAA